AUGGAUGAAACAGCAGCAAUUGCUCAGCCGUAUAUUCAGCAGUAUGAAGCCUUUUAUAGAGAAAUAAAUCCUGGAGGAUCACCUUGUAUUGGAAGUGCAGAUGCUGCUGGGUUUUUGAGAAGAUCUAAUCUUAAUCAUGCUAUCCUCGGCCGGAUUUGGGAGAUUAGUGAUUAUCAGAAAAGAGGAUACCUCGAUAAACGUGGUUUUUAUAUGGCUUUGAAGCUUAUCGCUGCAGCUCAGCAAGGUCAUCCGGUACAACCUCAAUCAGUGUACCUUACUGGCUUAGCUCCACCUACCAUGGUUCCUUCACAAGCUUCGCCUGCUAUGUCUUCCUCUAACUCGCCAUCAACAGCUCCUGCUAGUUAUAAUUGGGCUAUUAAUACCCAAGAUCAAGCGAAAUACGAUGCCAUUUUUGAUUCAUUAACUCCUGUAGAUGGCAAGUUACCCGGAGUUAAAGUCAGACCAGUUCUUUUAAACUCGGGAUUGAAUCCAGCUAGCUUGGCUAAGAUCUGGGAAUUGGCAGAUCAAGAUAAGGAUGGUCAAUUAGAUAGAGUCGAGAUGUCAGUUGCUUUGCAUCUUGUAUACAGAGCUCUCCAAAAUGAGCCAGUACCUGGUGCCUUGCCUUCUAAUCUUAUUCAUCCAUCUAAAGCUCACAUAAGCCGUCGAAGUUCUUUGGCUUCUCAAGGAGAUUUUUAUCCUUCAACUAAUCUUGCUGGUAUCAAUGCUCGUUCUCGUGCUGGCAGCAUGGCAUCACUGGAUGGUAUUGCUAUGUCAACACCUUCUAUUCCCCAACAAGAAAGGAGCAUGUCUGCUCAACCAAUGUCAAUGAGAAAUGGAAGUGCUACAGCUACACCUGUUCACGGCGCUCCUCCGGUUCCUCCACCUCCUAGCGCAGCUUCUAUUUCUGCAGCUCAUUGGCCUGUGAAUCCACACGUCUUUGCGGCUCAGUUUGCUGCUUGUGAUUCUGACAGUGAUGGAUUGGUUAACGGAAUGGAUGUUCGGCAAAUUCUUAUGGCAUCAGGGCUUCCUCAACAGCUUUUAGCCAAGAUUUGGGAGUUGGUAGAUAUUCAGAGAAAUGGUACGCUGAAACUAGAACAAUUCGCAUUAGCUAUGUAUCUGAUUAACAAAGCAAAACAAGGAGAAGAUCUCCCUGCCGCUCUCCCAGAGCAGCUCGUUCCUCCAUCGUUCCGAGCUGUUAAUCCACCUGAAACCCCUGAAGAGCACAUCCCUCCAUCCGUCAGCAAUAUGUCUUUGGGAACUGCUGCGCAAAGUGAUAACCCUGAAGUUCGACAACUUGCUGAAGACAUGGAAGGCUUGUUAAAAGAAAAAAGAGAUGCUGAAGAAGCUGUGGCACAAUUAGAAGCUGAUAUGAUUGUCAAAAAUAGUGUUAUUAAAAACCUACAGAUUGAGUUACAAACUCUUGAAAGCACUGUUAAACAGUUAGAUCGGCAGAAAGGGGAGGCUGGCAGACGUUUGGCAGAUUUAGAUGACCAAAUCAAACAGUUAGAGUCAGCUGGAGCAGCACAGUCCGCUAAAGGAGCAGAAACAGCAACUCGUUUGGAGCAAUUAAAAAUCGACGCUGUUGAGGGUGUGGAAAGCACUGAAAGAGAUCAAGCUGCAAUUCAAAAAACAAAGGGUGAGCUACAACAAUUGGAACUUGAGGGCAGAGAAUUAUCUUCACAUAUAUCCGCAGAUCAGCAAGUUAGGGAGCAAAUAGUUGAUGAUUUCACAAAGAUUGAACGUGAAUUCGAUAGAAGUAAUACACAGGUCGAAGCUCUCAAACAGGAAAUCGAAAAAGUUACUGGAUUAACAUCUGAACUUGAAAGCGUUCUGAAUGAUCCUGAAGCGACAGAAAAAAUGCGAACAAAAAUCCAUUUACUCUCAGCUGUUGAGCGUCAAGAUCUGUUCAAUGAUAACUCUCCUAUUGCUUCGACAUCCACCAGUUCUGCUUUCGCUCAGCCACCAGAUCCUUUCGCCGGACAUCAAAGUGGAAUGGCCAAUGUUGAUCCUUUCUCUCAAGAUCCUUUUGCUUCUGCUCCUGGAAAUAAUAGCUUUGGAACUUUUGGUAAUGACCCUUUCAGUUCACAAAAUGGUGCUCCGAACCAGAACAAUGCUGCUAAAAGUGUUCCUCCACCUCGUCCAGCUCCUCCGAAGUCUCGACAGACUCCAGUCAAUGACGAUCCUUUCUCGAAUGUCGAUCCUUUUGCGGGACAGACUAACCAAAGUAAUGUUGGUGGAUUCGCUGACUUUGCUAACUUUGGUGCAUUCAAUUGA